GUCUGGGUUACACGAAGCCCACCGAAUUUGAAACCGAAAACAUUAGCUUAGCUCAUGUUAGCUUAGCGGGCUAAUCAUUAACCUGCUGUCUGUCAGAUCCAUCCAUUUAACACAAUACUUCACAAAACAUGGGGAAGUUAGCUGCUUUUAUACCCGUUUUAACUCUAUUAUGUGCUUACUGGCAAAGUGCAGAGGGAAACAAAGGCUAUUCAUACACAGAUUGCACCUAUGUGAAAGGAGACAGUGCCCACGAGUAUUUUGGGAGUCGAUGCUUCUGUUACAGCUCUGGCACUGUAAUCAAAUGGAAGGACAUCUGGUCCACCUUCAAGGUAAACGUGACAAGUGAUGAGGAUGUCUUUGUCGUGUUCCCGUUGGAGACUCAAAAUUGCCAACAUCCGGAUGAUCUUCUCACGGUUACUAACUGCUUUGUUGAACACUAUUGGCCAUCCACUAUCCAAAGAGAGAAGUCUUUGGACAUUCCCAUGGUUGAUGAAGAUGUCUGCUUCAUGACAAAAUCGCCUAGAAGCAAUACUGAGUACACACUACACGUCUCCAACAAAAGGUUAAAUAGAAUGCGCUUCCUGCUUUUUGUGUGUGGGUUGAUACUGUUUUUUAGAGCAGGAUACAUAUGCAGGAGCUCACUGUUUUUCUACACAGCCGGAGUUUCAUUGGGAGUCAUCGCCACAUUUGUCUUCCUGACACUUCUCCUCCGAAACUUUAUACCAAAGCGAGGGCUGUUCCUGGUGUUGUUGGGCGCUGGCUCCGGUCUGUCCUACAUGGGGAUCCAGAGGGUGUUAAAUGAAUGGGAUGACAUCGUGACUGAGCACUGGAUGGAAUUACUGGUAUAUGUGCUCAUAUUGGGCUUAUUUAGUUUUGCUGUAUGCUAUAAACAUGGCCCCAUCACCAACAAACACACCCUCAACUUUAUGACCUGGUGUAUGCAAAUAGUAGGCAUGGUGUUGCUUUACUAUGGGAUUACAUUCCCCCCGGCCUGCUAUGUACUGAUCGCUGUCCUGUUGUGCUCGAAGAUUCUGCCCUUGGUCCGGAGCCUUCUAAUGUGGAUUUGCAGUCUCUUCUACUCAUUCCUGAACUUGUUCCGGAGGAAGAAACGGCACACUGUCAGGCUACUGACUGAGGAUGAGUACAGAGAGCAGGGAGAGAUCCACACCAGAGCCUCCCUGGAUGAACUACGGGAGCACUGUAACAAGCCUGGCUUUCCUGCAUGGGACACCGUGUUGAAGCUCAGAUCACCGCAAAAGUUGGCAGAAUUUCUGCGCAGUGGCAGCCACAUCACUCAAGAGGAGCUUCAGAGUCAUGAGAAUCAGUACGGGGUUGGUGGGGCGUACUACGAGAACGUGCUCUUUAACAGCAGCUCCAGUGAAACCCAGUCUCAGAGAGGAGAUGCAGAGGACAGUAGCGAGGACGAGCUGGUGAGAAAUGGUCCUGCAACAGUAAAUAACUUCCCCACUCCUGCUGUAUACAUCCCAGAUGUCUGCCCGUAUCCCCCUGUCGCCUGCACCCCUCAGCCAGAACCCAUGGAUCCAGAAGACCAGGAUUUCUUUUGAAAUUGUGCCGCUAUCUGUAGGAAGUGAUUUUUAUGUAAAUUUUGAAGACUUUUUGAAUUGCACAAUAUUGUUAGGAAGGAUUGACUCUAAGGAACAUUAGUUGGUCCAUAAGGAUUGUAAAAUAAUCAUUCUCUCUCAAUUGUUUGUUUAAAUGAUCUCUUUUAGGCAGCGUGGGCUGUUACUAUAUUUUUUUUUUUAGCAGUUUGUAUUCUCAUACCCAAGUGAUGCAGAGCUGGGAAUAACACUUUAUUGUACAUACAGUAUGUUAAUAGUGUGUGUAAAUAGAUGGUGACUGUGCUACUCUCAGGUAUAUUAUAAAAUCAUCAGGACAUCUUUGCAGUCACUGCUUAAGAGAAUGACUCAACACAUACAGUACAACAGAAGUGUGUAUUUUAAGGGAAUAGAGCCCUCUAGUGUUGGUUAAUGAAACCACCCAAAAUGCAAAUUCUGUCAUUAUUUACUCGCCAGCCUCAUGUUGAUUCAAAGCUAUGUCGUUCUAUCUUCUGUGGAAAAAAAAAAAAAAGAGUAUGUUUUGCAGAAUCUCCAAAUUGCUCUUAAUCAUAUAUUUAAACUAAUGAAGGAUAUAUGGUUUUCAAAAGCUCUUAAACCAACAUCAAAACAUCUAAAUUUUUUGUGCGUUCUAUUCCAUGUCUUCUGACGUCAAUAUUAUAGAAUAUUAUGGAGCCUUUCACUUAGAAUGUUUUGCGCUGAUUUUCCAUUGUUUUUCAAUGUAAAUGUAACCCCUCCAGUUCAAACCACCCACUCUAAUCAGGACUUAAACCCGGGUUGCUCUAACAAGGAGGCUAAAGACCGCAGUCUCUAGCAUCAGUCCCUAGAGCGCCUCUUGAUAUCUGGUGAGUGAGGUUUACACACACAGCUCUUACCGGCCUACGUCCAUUACACUCACCCCCCAAAAAUCACUCCCAUCCGGGUCACGGCACCAAUGGAACCCCUCCUGUUCGAACCGCCUACUCUAAGCAGGACUCGAACCCGGGUCCGGCGGCAUGGGAGUUGGAUGUUCUAACAAGAAGUCUAAAGACCGCAGUCUCUUGCAUCAGUCGCUAGAGCACCUCUUGAGAUCAGUGGAUUGAAGUUUACACACACAGCUCUUACCGGCCUACGUCCGUUACAUAAACAUGCGCUAGACGUGUUUGACCGUUGCGCUCGAGUCUUUUGAAGGUCUUGACGUGGAGUUCUAAAAAUGCAGCGCUCAAGAGAAAUUUAUAUAUUUGUGCAUUUUUCAUUCCACUGCCAUGAGUCUCACGUCAUUUAUACAGAGCACGUUUUUACGCUGGAUUUCUACAUAAACAUGGAAGACCAGCGGGUUUUUAAACGCGAAAUUAUGUUCAGUGUGAAUGCCCCCUUCAAAAGAUUAGGAAUAUAGUGCAUUAUGUGGACUAAUUUGAGCCUUUUUGGUAUUUUUUUUUUUCCAUCACAAAAAAUUAAUAGAUAUUAUAUUUUAAUGUUUCUGCGUUUGCUCAAUUCUUUUUGCGUUCUCUCAACAAACCUUGUGUUCCCUCACAAAACCGGAGUUCUUUGCGAGCAAACGAACUAGUUUUGAGAGCAAAUGCAAAAUUUCACUGGUAGCACAAAACUUGCGAGAGAAAGCAAAAAGCAUUGAAUAUAUAUAGUUAUACUAUAGUUUACUAUCACCAUUAGGGGCUUUGUAGAAUUUUCAUUUUUGGGUGACCCAUACUUUUAAAAUGAAUCAACUCAAAGUUGAUGGUCUGCAUGUAUCCAUACAAAUUUACAUAUCUACAGUACAUCCUGCCAUUCCAUAUUCUUUCCUUUUUAUGGAUCUUUUAUCAGAAGAAUGAAUGUAUGUUUUCAAGUUUUUACAGCCUUUUAUAUUACAAUCUUAUUUAAUUAAAGACAAAUGGCUAAAUUCUCAA